AUGGCCAACCAGAAAGCAAACCAGGAACAACAAAUGCAGAAUGGAGAAGUCAAACAACAAAAGGUUCCUAGUACAAAUGAAACAGUUGUAGAAAAACAAGAAGCAAAAGAAAGCAAUGCCAAAGGGAAAGAUGUUCUGAAUUCGGGCGAAGGAACAAAAGGAAAUCAAACUCAAGAAGAGGGAAUUAAGAAAGGAAAGGAAAUUGAUGAAACAUGGGAUUCUGAAGAAUAUAAACCUAAAUACAAGGAUGAGGAAGAUGCAGAAGAUGAAAUAAAAGAUAGAAUAGAGGAGAAGGAAACUAAGGUUGUUGAUCCUCAAACACGGAAAACUGAAGCAAAGGAAAGUAUUGACAAAAACUUGAAAUCCUGA